GAGUGAACCAUAUUCGGUCUCAAGUAUUACGAUGGACGCAUACUAUCAUGAAAGAUGCGAGUAUCCAUGAAAUUAGCUCGAGCAUGUAACUACACGCAAUUGAAACAUUACAGUAAUGCAAUCCGGCUGCUUAACACAAAAACACGUUCUAACCUAAAAACUCCUACGCAAGCUGACGCAAUCGGGCCACCGGAUCCGGUUUCGAACCUAAGACCGAUAAUAUUCGCGAGACCACAGAAUGAGACGGAUCUUGAGAAAAAAUACAGAGAGGCCAGGGAGGAUACUCAAAUUUGGAACCAAAAUUUUUGGACAAGUCACAAUGCCAGCUUUAUAGAAGAACGUAAACGAUUCCAAAAUAAGUUGAAGGCUCAAGGAAAAGACACUAUUACUGCAGAUGAUAUGUCAGUAUUUUAUAAACAAUUUUUGGACAAAAAUUGGAAAUCCCAUUUGAAUUAUAACAUUAGUUGGUAUAAGAGAAAUGUUAAACUACUGUGUCUCGAAAUUUGGGUAAGAGUAUCCAAACUGAAGUUCAAAUAGUUUAUUCAAUCUGUGUUCAAUGAGAGACCGCAUUAAAGUAUUCAGACAAAAUUGUCAUUAAGGAAAUGUUGUGACACAGUUCGUGUAUUUACAUUGUAAAUCUGUAUCUAAUAUAAUAAUAUGUUCUCUGUAAACUGUCCAUAGUGGA